CGGGGCAAAGCACAUGAGGAAACUAAACCCACUCAUACUGACAGAGAAGGUUGUUGCAGAUGUGUUGAAGUGAUAUGCGUUCAUUUUAAAUACAAUUUUAGCUGACGUAGAUACAAGCAGGUAAAUAUCCAUAAAACUGGGUUUCAGCCGUGCGUAAAGUUUGGCGACUUUUUUGGAUGAUGUGGCGCUGCUGCUUUUUGGUGCUUGUGUGUGCGGUGAUCGCGAGCGCUCAGUUCCCCAGAGUGUGUGUGACACCAGAGGGACUGAGGAGUGGACAGUGCUGUCCUUCACCCUCGGGUCUCAACGACGACCCGUGUGGCUCCAGCUCGGGCCGCGGAGAGUGCGUCUCCAUCUCGGUCGACUCGCGGCCUCAUGGGCCUCAGUACCCCCACGACGGACGCGACGAUCGGGAACGAUGGCCGAUCCGGUUCUUCAAUCGUACUUGUCAAUGCAACGGGAACUUCAGCGGGUUUAACUGCGGCCGUUGCAGACACGGAUGGACGGGGGCCAAUUGUGACCAGCGGGUUUCUGUCGUAAGAAGAAACGUGAUGCAGCUCAGCACGGACGACAAGCGUGCGUUCGUGAACGCGCUGGACCAGGCCAAGCGCACGGUGCACCCGGAUCUGGUGAUCGCCACGCGGCGCUACCCGGAGAUUUUCGGGCCCGACGGCAACACCAUGCAAUUCGACAACGUCACCAUCUACAAUUACUUCGUCUGGAGCCACUACUUCUCCGUCAGCAAGACGUUCCUGGGUGCGGGACAGUCCAGUUUCGGCGGAGUGGACUUUUCACAUGAGGGUCCCGGGUUCGUCACUUGGCACAGGUUCCACCUGCUGCAGCUGGAGAGAGACAUGCAGGAUAUGCUGCAAGAUCCCUCCUUUGCCUUACCAUACUGGAACUUUGCCAUUGGUGGAAGCUCAUGUGACAUCUGCACAGAUGACCUGAUGGGUGCCAGGAGCAGUUUUGACAUGAAUUCACUGAGCACAAACUCCAUCUUCUCUCAGUGGAGAGUCAUCUGUGAGAGUGUGGAGGAUUACGACACACUAGGAACCAUCUGCAACAACACUGAAACAUCUCCGAUCAGGAGGAACCCAGCAGGAAAUGUCAACAGGCCGAUGGUCCAGCGUCUCCCAGAGCCACAGGACGUAGCGGAUUGUCUACAGAUCAACACAUUUGACACACCGCCAUACUACUCCACCUCUUCUGAAAGUUUCAGGAACACAAUUGAGGGCUACAGCGCCCCCCAGGGGAACUAUGACCCUGCGGUCAGGAGCCUUCACAACCUGGCCCAUCUUUUCCUCAAUGGGACAGGAGGGCAGACCCACCUCUCACCCAAUGACCCCAUCUUUGUGUUGCUUCACACCUACACUGAUGCCAUCUUUGAUGAGUGGUUGAGGAGACACAAUCUAGAUUCCACAACGUAUCCUGAAGAAAAUGCCCCCAUUGGUCACAACAGGCGCUACAACAUGGUGCCAUUCUGGCCUCCAGUGAGUAACGCUGAGAUGUUUGUGACUGCCCCUGAAAAUCUCGGUUACACUUAUGAAGUUGAGUGGCCAGGUCAGCCGUUCACGCUGACUGAAAUCAUCACCAUGGCAAUAGUCGCUGCCCUUGUGGUGGUUGCAGUUGUUUUUGCUGCCACCACAAUCGCCGUGCGUGCCAGGUCUUACAAGAUGGAUGGUCACCAGCCCCUGCUCGUGGAUCAGUACCAGCGGUACGACAGUGACAAAAGCCAGUCUGUCGUUUAAAAUGUGAACACAGGCUUCACCAAUGUGCCUUUUCAGUGCAAUUUGUUUAGCUAUAUCUGUUCUCAAUGGGGGAACAUCCAUUCAUUCAAAAAAAAACUUGUUUAUUGUGCAUUUGGAUCCCUAUAUCACAAACUGCUAGAAUGCAGUAGUGCAGAUGCAGAUAUUUUACUUUGAUUUUAUACAUUUAUCACUUUUUUAAAAAGUAAACCAGUACUUCUCAAAUAGUAGGGCGGGCCCCCCUGGGGCGGUGAGGUGUCGGGGGACACACACGAGGGGCAGGGCAGGACAACUCAUACAGUGGUUUAUACAGAUAAAUAAAUAAAAAUGAUCAGGUUCUCAAUAGUAUUUCAAUUUGGGGGUGUGUGAAAAAAAAGUAGUGCCUCUGGGGGGUGCAUGACAGAAAAUAAUAGAGAACCACUGAUUUAAAAGCACAGACACAGUCGUCUCUGAGAAUCUGACAGCAGUGUGCUGUGUCUUUGCAAGUCUGAGAUUCCUGGUAAAUCUGAAAGAGGAAAAUGUGUUGAAUAAUGUGUGUGGAAUAAAGUGAGCCUGAACAAAAACAAUCUUCUGGUGUGACAGCAAUACCACCAGAUGGUGCUCAACUCAAAAUGUCAUGUCCUUAUCAGUGAUGUGAUGUAGUGUCCCGUGUUUCAAGUGAUCGAGCUUAAACAAUGCAGAUUCUAAUAAGUGAUCUAUAUUAUUCUGUUUCCCACUAAUUAUUUGAAAAUAUUUAAAGUAUGAGCUGUAAAUAUCAAUGUAAUUCAUGCAAAAAAAUAAUGCAAUCAUAAACCUCAAUAAUGUCCACCAUGUUUAGAGACAAGAAACUUGUCUUUAUCGAACUUCAGUCAACGUUGCUUCGUUUACUUCAGUUAUAUAAUGAUGACGUCAUUGGAGUGACUGACAGUCUUAAUUGUGCUACACACUCAUGCUCAUGGGUAGCCAGUGCCCACAAGGGGGUGCAACAGUUAAAUGUCUGAAACUGCAUUUACAGUACAGAUUAAAAGCUGCUCUUUUGUUGCCUUCUAUAAUAUAUUAAGAGCAUGAUACAUGUGACACGACUGUUGUGACAGUUGUGUACAUUAAAAAAACCAAGGCCGUUGAUUUAGAGGAAAUGUAAGAAGUUGUGAUCCUGAGGCUCUAGUUUUCAUCUUCUGUAUACCUAAAUGUAUAUUGUUUUGUUGUCACUUGUAAUCUGUAUUUAUACUCCUAUUUUUGCCUAAACGGUGUAGGAUUUGGGCUCAUGUUAAUUUGUUUUAACAUGCUGGCUUUGUUCAGCUUUGCACAUUUGCACAUUCAUAUGAUUGAAUCAUACAGAAACAAACAUGUAUAUUUAAAUGUACACAAAUCACAUUAUUCUUCAUAUCAUCUAUAACUGCACUUCAUGUAGCACACGUGCCUAGUGCUAUUUUUGCAGACAAUAACAUAUUAACGGCACAUUAAUACACUAACACUCUCAAUUCCUCAUCCUCAUUUAAAGGUCCAGUGUGUGAGAUUUAGUGCCCCCUAAUGGUGAGACAGUGCCUCGUAAGCUUUGUUUCAAAAGACAUACUCUGGCUCACUACAAUCAGACUUAUUUUUAAGUGAUUAAAGACUUGAUACAAAGUA